AUGGCACCGAAUGCCUCCCUCAGCGCAGCGGCGGCCGUCACCAGUAGUGCCAAUGCGAGCUCGCGCAGCUCGCCUGCGAUUGGGACGUCUGCGACCCCUUCGUCCUCGAAGCCGAAGCCCAAAGUCAACUCCAACGGCUACCACCCCUCGAAUCCACCCGUGCCACUGAGCGCCAUGGUCAGCGCGCCAUUGGACCUGACCUCGGUCGAGAGACGCGGCCAGCCUACAGCGGUGCGAGAACCGCUCAAGAAGAAAACACGCCCACAUGGUAUAUCGGAAGCCCCGACCUACUGCCCGACAGAAGACGAUUGGCGUGACCCCCUGCAGUAUAUCAAUAAAAUCGCCCCAGAGGCUUCUCAAUAUGGAAUUUGCAAGAUUAUUCCCCCGGAUUCAUGGAACCCUGAAUUUGCAAUUGACACCGAGGUACGCAUCCGCGUAUUGAUUACACUGACUCGCUGCAAAUUCCACUUUCGGACACGAAAACAAGAAUUGAAUUCUGUUGAAGGCAGCACGCGCGCCAAUCUUACGUAUCUGGAUGGCCUUGCCAAAUUUCAUAAGCAGCAGGGAAGCAACUUGCACCGCUUACCAUAUGUCGACAAGAAGCCGCUUGAUCUGUAUCGCUUGAAAAAAGCUGUCGAAUCUAGAGGCGGAUUUGACAAGGUGUGUAAGCUGAAGAAAUGGGCCGAGAUUGGAAGAGAUCUUGGCUAUAGUGGCAAGAUAAUGUCAUCCUUGUCUACAUCACUCAAGAACUCCUUCCAACGAUGGCUCUGUCCGUACGAAGAGUAUCUGCGCCUGGCAAAACCCGGAGUACACCAGCAGCUCGAACAGGAGUACGGCGGUCCUUUGACUCCCAGCCCCGCACAGACACCCAUCAAGCGAUCCUCUGCCAACACUCCGAGCAGUGUCCGAGGGACAUCGCCUGCUCGGCAAGCGUCAGAUGCCCUCCAGAACAGCGUUGGUAACAAAAAGGAGGUGGAUCGAGACACGCCCAUGGCCGAUGCGCCGCCGGUAGCUCCUGCUCCUGGUGGAUUCACGGCUAUCAAUACCAGCGGCGGUUUCACGGCAGUCAAUUCGGGAUUUACUAGUGUAAAUCGUCCUACCAAUGGCGAGAACAAGAGUUACACGCCAGACCCCAAACGUUACGACAGUCCUGCCACUUCUGCGAGAAACACUCCCGAGGCUCGGCCGUCUGGCCUCAGCUCAGCUGCCGCGCUGAAGCGCCAACUGGGCACCGCGAGCCCGGCAGACGGAAUCAAGAAGGAGCGCCUCAAGAAAGACAACGUACCUACGGUAGCCGGGUCGCACAUGACCGUGUUUCGCCCGUCUGUUCCACGAAUUCCCCGGGAAGAAGGCGCUGCCGCCGGAGGAAAAUGCGAAAACUGUGGACGGGGCGAAGACAGCGGCCCUCUGCUUGUUUGUGAGUCCUGUGAUCAUGCGUACCACGGCCCUUGUCUCGAUCCCCCGUUGAAGCGCAAACCGGACGCCGAAUGGAACUGCCCACGGUGCUUGGUGGGAGACGGCCAGUUUGGGUUCGAAGAGGGAGGCCUAUACUCGUUGAAGCAGUUUCAACAAAAGGCAAACGACUUCAAACAGGGCUACUUUGAGCAAAAGAUGCCCUUCGACGACACUCUCCAGUGCCACCGGCCAGUCACCGAAGAAGAUGUUGAAAGAGAAUUCUGGCGUCUGGUUGCCGAUUUAGAAGAGACUGUCGAGGUUGAAUAUGGCGCUGAUAUCCACUGCACUACACACGGUUCCGGCUUCCCCACAAUCGAAAAGCAUCCGAAUAAUCCAUAUGCCACCGAUCCAUGGAACCUCAACGUCCUCCCCUUUCAUCCAGACAGUCUAUUUAGACACAUCAAAUCCGACAUCUCUGGCAUGACGGUCCCUUGGGUUUACGUGGGCAUGAUUUUUUCGACAUUUUGUUGGCACAACGAAGAUCAUUAUGCCUACUCAGCCAAUUAUCAGCACCUGGGAGCGACGAAGACGUGGUAUGGCAUACCAGGAGAAGACGCAGACAAGUUUGAGACGGCGAUGAAAGAGGCCGUGCCAGAACUCUUCGAGACUCAGCCAGAUUUGCUCUUUCAGCUAGUCACGCUCCUUACGCCCGAGCAGCUGAAAAAGGCAGGCGUGCGCGUCUACGCAUUGGACCAGAGAGCUGGUCAGCUGGUCAUUACGUUUCCUCAGGCCUACCACGCCGGCUUCAACCACGGCUUCAACUUCAAUGAAGCUGUCAAUUUUGCCCCUUGUGACUGGGAGAAAUUUGGACAGGCUGGAGUGGAAAGGCUGCAGCAGUUCCGCCGCCAACCAUGCUUUUCUCACGAUGAGUUGCUAUGGACUGCUGCCGAGGGAAGCGCAUCCUCGGGUCUCACCAUUCAAACAGCAAAAUGGCUCGCACCAGCUCUCGACCGCAUUCACCAGCGUGAACGAGCACAGAGAGACGAAUUCCUCGCAAAGCAUAACGAAGCAUCGCCUCAUCGAUGCAAGGUUACCGGGGGAAGCGAAGACGCCUGCCCACUCGCGUUCAAAAUCGACGACACUGAUGUCCAUGACGAGGAAGAACAGUGCUGCAGCUAUUGUAAGACAUUUGCAUACCUGUCUCGUUUCAAGUGCCACCGUUCAGGCAAAAUCCUAUGCAUCUUCCACGCGGGAAGCCAUUCCUGCUGCGACAUGCCAGAAGAGAAGCGGCUCUUGGGCGAAGAGCAUACGCUAGUCUACCGGAAAACCGAUGAAGACAUGACUUUGGUAUACCAAAAGGCGUCUGACAAAGCGCAUACCCCCGAGGCGUGGGAGGAGAAGUAUGACAAGCUUCUGGAAGAGGAAGCUAGUCCGUCUCUGAAGAUUCUGCGGGCUAUUUUGCACGAGGGCGAAAAGAUCCCAUUUGAGCUUCCUUCUCUGCCUAUCUUGAAAGAGUUUGUUGAUAGAUGUAAUGACUGGGUCGAGGAAGCUACCAAUUACAUUGUUAGAAAGCAGCAGAACCGCCGCAAGAAUGAGAAAGCUUGGCAAGCCACUGGACGCCGAGGAAGCGCAAAUAACGACGCAAAAGAGAAGGAAAAAGAAAGCCGCCACGUAGAUAAUAUCUACCGACUGCUUGCAGAGGCAGAGCACAUUGGAUUCGACUGUCCUGAGAUAGCACAGCUUCAGGAACGGGCUACCGCCCUGAAGCUGUUCCAAGAUAAUGCCUCUGCAGCGCUCAAGCAAAACGUCCCCCCUCCAGUGGAAACAAUUGAAGAGUUGAUCGAAGAGGGGCGCGGCUUCAAUAUCGAUACCCCAGAGCUAGAAGCUCUAUCUCGGAGGCUAGAAGAGUUACGGUGGAACGAGAAGGCCAGGACGAACCGCGCCGUAUUACUAGGAAUGACGGAGGUACAAGACAUCAUUGAAGAAGGAAAGCGGCUCGAAAUCCCCAACUACAACGACCACUUGAAGUACUAUCAUGACAAGCUGGCUGCAGGCCAGGCCUGGGAAGCAAAGGCCCGAGAACUGACACACGCUGAGUUUGUUCACUAUUCUCAGUUGGAGGCACUUAGAUCGCAGGUACAAGCCAAUGUCUUGCCUGUUUCUCGCGACACUCUGGCCGCUGUCGAUCAGAUACUCCACAAGCAGCGCGAAGCGCAUCUCCAAAUCAUUGACCUCACCGAGCGAUGCCGCGAUCCCGAUUUUAGAAACCGACCCAAGUACUCGGAAGUUGUCGACAUCACUAGAAAGCUAGACGAUCUCAAUUCCAAGCCGACUGGCACCGUCGAUUUAGAGAAUGAGAGAAAGCGACAUGAAGAUUGGAUGCGCAAGGGCAAAAAGCUCUUUGGAAAGUCGAACGCGCCAUUGCAUAUUCUGAAAAGCCACUUGGAACACGUUCUUGAGCGAAACACUGACUGCUUCGACACUGACCACGACACGCCGCGUCUUCCAGGAGAGCCUGUAUCCAGGGAAGCUAGCCCAGAGGCGGGAUCCGGCAGGUGGGACGAUCGAUCGAGGCAGGUGUUUUGCAUUUGUCGAAAGAUUGAGGCUGGUAUGAUGAUUGAGUGCGAAUUAUGCCAUGAAUGGUACCACUACAAGUGCCUUAAGAUUGCCCGUGGCAAGGUCAAGGAGGACGACAAGUAUACCUGCCCGAUAUGCGACUGGCGAAUGAAGAUUCCUCGGGAUGCGGCUCGACCCAAGCUUGAAGAUCUCACUGCUCUUGCCGACGAGAUACUAGGCCUACCGUUUCAGCCGGAAGAAGAAGAGGUUCUGCGGCAAAUCAUUGACAAUGCGCAAAAUUUCAGAGACAAGAUUGCUCAGUACUGCAACCCGCUUCUUUCGACAGAAGCCGAGGCCGAAACACAGCGAUUCUUUCUUCGGAAGUUGGAAGGCGCAGAAAUUCUGCUGUCGUACGAGACCAAUUUCUUCCGGCAAGAACUUCACAAGUGGUGUCCUGUCGCGCCGGAAGCACCGCCCAUCUUGCAAGUCUCUCUGAGCACGCGCAAACCUCGCCCCACGAAGCUGCAGAAGAUGCUCGUUGAAUACGGAGUCGACAAUCCAGACGACCUUCCUGAGCAUGCUAAAGGCAAGGCUAAUAGUUUGCGACGCAAGGCAGCGAAUGCGGAGGCGGCAGCUGCUGCGGCUCAAGCGCCGACACCCAUGCCCAAUGUGCCUAACCCGCACAAUUCGGCAUAUGGACCGGCGACGUACUUCCCUCGCGGCUCCCACUCGGCAACUCCGAGCAUCUCGGCUAAUUCGCACGGGCACCCAGACGAGAAGUCUCACUCGCCUUCAGAUAGUGACAUUAAGAUGGGUUCCGCAGACUCAGACAGCAAUCUGCAUCCUAGCUUCUUGAGAGGAGGUCCUCACUUGGCGGCAGACGACUCGACCAUGUCGCUUGAAGAUCGGCUUCUGUACGGUCAAGUUGAUGAUAUGGAUCUACAGACGGAAGCAGACAAGAACAAGGCUCUUGAAAUCUUUGCUCGCACCGAGCUGGGCAGAGAAAAGGCCGAGAAGAUGUGGGGACCCGAUAUCUGGAACAACAGGCAGAGGUCUAUGAGCGACCAUGGGCGGUCCAUGACCCCGGCGGAUAUGGACGAAGGCAUGAAACACGACGACAGAAAGGUGGACCAAAUGUUUGAGGAAAUGACGAAUCAAGAUGAAGACGAAGACCAAAAGAAGAAAGAUAUCACGAUGACGAACGGACCCGUCACAGCAGACUUUUUAGAGAGCGAGAGAAACAACCUGGAUGCGAUGUUGGAUGGGGAGUAGUACGAUUUUCAUUAUUGGGAAGGCUUCAUUUCUUUUCUCCACACACUUAUUCGUACUACUAUUUUGAGAGAGGAUAAUCUCGUCUCCAACUUUUGGGAGGGAUCUGGAGUUUCUGGUACUGGGUGCUGCCUGGAAGGGACUUGUUAUGUGUUUUGUAAUACCAGGACGACGCAGUGUGCUUUUGUUUUUAAUGUUUCUUCUGGCACGUUUUUCUUUUUUUUUCGAGAAACGUUCUCCUUGGCGCAUAUAAGAGAGGUCGGGAAUAUUUUUCUUUUAUUUCUUCUUACACUUUGUGGGAGGAAUGAAAUCAACGCAUCAAGGGGAUGGCGAAUAUGUGUGUACGCGUGUGCGCGAACAUUAUUAAUGGAAUUUCUAGUUACGUACGAUUUGAUAGUUUUAAUUAUUCCGUCAGGUAGAAACAAAGCUACUUGCAGAAAUUACAAGGGGAAAUUUAACCGAUAA